AUGGCACUCAUCACGGCCAUCAUCACAGAAAUCACACGAGAGGGAAUGGAACUGACAGUAGCAGUAGCCAAGACGAUGGAGAUGAUGGUUUCGAGGGCGGAUUCAACGGUGGAUCUGGACAGGGAGGUUUCGGUGGAAACGGAAAUGGACAAGGACAGGGUGGAUUUGGAGGACAAGGACAAGGUGGAUUCGGUGGACAAGGGCAAUUCAGCGGGCAAAACGGACAAAACGGCCAAAACGGAUUUGGAGGACAAGGGCAAGGCGGAUUCGGUGGACAAAGCGGACAAAAUGGACAAAAUGGCGGAUUCGGAGGACAAGAAUAUGACACUUUGUCAAACUGGAACCUGUUCCUCAACGAGAAGAUCAUUGAGCGUG